CCAUCUGGACAUCUAUCUCCUCAAUGAUUAGUACUACUAAACACCCACUGUUGACAAUUGACAUCAACUUCCCCCAAUUCCUUCUUCUCCAAUCCCUAGACACCCCAAUCAUCACCAUAACUACCUCCUCAAUUUUCCCGCCCAAUUAUGGCGUCCACUGAUCUCAAGCCUCUCGACUCCAACGCCACCGACCUCACUCUCUCCAUCUCCGGCAUCUUCAGCUCCUCCUCCACUUCGCCGCCGCCUCGCCGGAAGACGGUGGACGAGGUGUGGGGCGAGAUCGUGGCGCAGACGGCCAAGAAGGAGCUCAAGGUGGAGCCGAGCGAUGACGGCGAGCUGAUGACGCUGGAGGAUUUUUUGGCCAAAGCGGAUGCGAAGGUGGAGGAGACGGAGGUCGUCAAGGUGGAGCGGCUGUGGAGCGAUGCUGGAGUUUAUGGGAGAGCGGUAGGCGGAGGAAUUGUUUCGGAGCGGAGCGGAGUGGAGGAAGGGAGGAAAGGGAAGAGGAGAGUGGAGUCGUUGGAUAAGGUUGUUAUGCAACGCCAGAGGAGGAUGAUUAAGAAUCGCGAGUCGGCUGCCAGGUCGCGGGAGCGCAAACAGGCUUAUCAAGUGGAAUUAGAGUCCAUGGUAAUGAAGUUGGAGGAAGAGAAUGAAUUAUUGUUGAAAGAGAAGGAUGAGCGGAUUAAAGAAAGGCUUAAAGAGCUCAUGGAGAAAAUUGUUCCGGUUGUGGAAAAGCGAAAACCACAAUGUGCUCUGCGGAGAGUUCAUUCUGGGGAGUGGUAAUACCAAUGAAGUGGGUGAGAUAUAAUUCAAUUCUCUUUUCACUAUAAAAAGGGAGGACACAGUGCUGAAGAAACAAAUUUCUCAGUACUGGUUGUCUACUUGUCCUAUUAGAGUAUUAAAUUUAUUAACGUGUUCACUAAAUAGAUCUGUUACGAGCCAACAGCCCAUAUAUCAUAAUUUCCAUAGCUGAUUACUGUUGUUACGAGUUUCCAGUAUCUUAUAAGAGCUGUUGCAUUACUAGACUUCUAAACUAGACUUCCCAUAGUUCAUAGAUAAGGGAAGAGAAGCUGGGCUUACAUUUGUAUCGAUCUGUUGGUUUUAUAUAAGGGUCCUUACAAAGUAUGGAGGUCCCUUGGUUUUUGCUAUAUGAUUAUGAACUAACCUGCGUGAAAGUUCAUUGUUGGAUUGUGAA